CAUUUUGUUUCUUUUGACUUCUUGCAAGGACGGAGCAACGCGCUUGGCGCGCUGUCGACAACCUGAGUCCCUUGUGGUUUCUUCUUGCUCUUUUGGCGAUGUUCCCUCUGUUUAGGAGGGCCUUGAGCCGCUUUUCGGAUGGGGAAACAGAGGCCCAGAGAGGGGAGGUCCCCAAGGACCUCACACAGCACAACUCCCAGGCCAGUGCCUCGCUGCCACUAACCUCAAGAGUUCGCAGCUUUCAGCAAACUGUUGAAAGGCAGAACCACCAGGACAGGCUACCUAAUUUUCAUGAUAAGUAUGGCACCCCAAUAUUGCUAAGUGGAGCCACUUUCUGUCUUGCCAUUUGGGCAUAUGCGGCCACACAAAUUGGAAUCGAAUGGAACCUGUCCCCUGUUGGCAGAGUCGUCCCAAAAGACUGGAGAAGCCAGUAAAGGAGAAAUUCCUUUUUGUCCAAGCUGGCGACAUUCUGGAUUGUCUCAAAAUUAACAUACGAAGUAAAGGUAGUCUGUUAUCAACUGUAAUGUGGCAUUAUUGAUGUAAUAAAAUGCAUUUGAAAUCUU